CUGUAGCUGCAUCAGUCAGGUUCACUCUCCGGCUGGCGGGCCGAUCAUCACUCUUCAUACCUCUCCUCCCUACCUGAGACUCAGCACAGCUACAGGUUUCCAAAAUGCUGUCCAGACUUCAAAUCCUGGUAAAUGGCACCGCGGCACGACGCUUCGUACACACCAAAGAGAAGGGAAAAGCUCUUCUGCUUAGUCCAAGGACCAACAAGGGAAUGGCAUUCACGCUGCAGGAAAGGCAGAUCCUUGGAUUGCAAGGUUUGUUACCCUCCAAGAUCGAGACCCAAGACAUCCAGGCGUCCAGAUUCCACAAAAACCUCCGAAAGAUGGAGGACCCCCUGGAGAAAUACAUCUAUGUGAUGGGGAUUCAGGAGAGGAACGAGAAGCUCUUCUACAGAGUCUUACAGGAUGACAUUGAGAGGUUGAUGCCCAUUGUCUACACCCCCACCGUCGGCCUGGCCUGCUCACAGUAUGGACAUAUCUUCAGGAGACCAAAGGGUUUGUACAUUUCCAUCUUUGACAAAGGACAUAUCCGAUCCAUCUUGGAGAACUGGCCAGAGACCGAUGUAAAGGCGGUUGUAGUGACGGACGGUGAGCGGAUUUUGGGGCUUGGUGACCUGGGAGUUUAUGGAAUGGGUAUCCCUGUUGGAAAACUGUGCCUGUAUACAGCUUGUGCCGGUAUACGCCCUCGGUCGUGUCUCCCGGUAGUAAUUGAUGUUGGCACCGACAAUCCGGCUUUAUUGAAAGACCCGUUCUAUAUGGGACUGUAUCAGAAAAGGGACCGGACCCAGCUGUACGAUGAUCUUAUUGAUGAAUUCAUGGAUGCUGUCACCGACCGAUAUGGUCGGAAUACGCUAAUCCAGUUUGAAGACUUUGGGAACCACAACGCCUUCAGAUUCCUGAGGAAAUACCGGGAAAAAUAUUGCACUUUUAAUGAUGACAUUCAAGGUACGGCUUCGGUGGCGCUGGCUGGUCUUCUCGCCACACAGAACGCCAUUAAUAAACCCAUUACGGAGCAAAGAGUUCUGUUCCUUGGUGCUGGAGAGGCAGCUUUAGGUAUUGCAAACCUCAUCGUCAUGUCCAUGAUGGAAAACGGAAUCUCAGCCGAGGCAGCUCGGGAAAAGAUAUGGAUGUUUGAUAAAUAUGGAUUACUGGUCCAGGGACGUGCGGAAGGGGUGGACGGUAACCAAGAGGCUUUUGGACACUCUUCUCCUGAUCAGCCUGUGAAAAGCUUUCUGGAUGCUGUCAAUGUUCUGAAGCCCACAGCCAUCAUAGGUGUUGCCGGGGCUGGAAGACUGUUUACAGAAGACGUUGUUAAGGCAAUGAGUGCAAUUAAUGAGAGGCCGGUCAUAUUCUCUCUCAGUAAUCCAACCACACAGGCGGAGUGUACGGCGGAGGAAGCGUAUACAUGGACAGAGGGCCGCUGUCUAUUUGCCAGUGGAAGUCCCUUUGAUAUGGUGACCUUAAGUGAUGGGCGAUCCUUCAAACCUGGCCAGGGUAACAAUGCCUACGUUUUUCCAGGCGUGGCUUUGGCGGUCAUCCUGAGCGGGGUGCGGCACAUAAGCGAUCGUGUAUUCCUUGAAGCUGCAAAGGCUUUGGCAGAACAGCUAACAGCUGAAGAGCUGGACCAGGGCCGUCUGUACCCUCCGCUGUCCAACAUCCGUGAAGUCUCCAUAUGUAUCGCUGUUAAAGUGAUGGAGUUUGUGUACAGAAAUGGCAUGGCUUUCCAGUACCCGGAGCCGCUAGAUAAGAACGCCUACGUGCGUUCCAAAGUGUGGGAAACGGAGUACGACUCCUUCUUACCGGACGUCUACGAUUGGCCAGCGUACGCAUCCAAGGCUCACAAAAUGUUCUGACCCUUCCAUCCCGAGAGAUCACUUUAUUACGUGACCAUGCAUGAGAAUUGGGUUCCGACCUUCAAUUUUCUUGUGCCUUUUACAGCUUCCAUUUUUCAAUAUGCUGCCCUUGACAGAGGAAAACAAAAAUCUGUCCCAUUACCUGAAUGUCAAGUCUUACCAAAAGGGAUUCUUUUAAUGUAGAAUACGAUGUUCUACCAGGCUCUUUCUAGUGCGAUUUUUAAGGAACACAAGCAAUUUUUUUUAUGCGAUUUUAUGCGUUUUUGGAUGCACAAAACUGAACUGGAACAAAAUUGAGUUGGGCUAAGCGCUGCUCAGCUAUUCAUAGGAAGCUUUGUAUUUCCUCAAUGAAUACAAAGCUGAGAUAAAGACGUGGGUGGCUGACAUCACCAUCUCCGCCAAUUGGAAGAAGCCUUGUGUUCAUUGAUCGAAUACAAUGUUUUCCUGUGAAUGGAUGAGCAGCGCUCAGCCCGACUCGUUUUUAUUCAGGGACGGGAAGCCCCAUCUCGCUACCGAAACGCAGCUCUGAAUGCUACAUGUCGCAGAUGCCACAUACAAUUUAUACAGCACUCCCAGCUGGCACAUGUAUCAAUGAAGCAAAUGACUUGUUUACAGCAGCUUGGUCCAAACAAACUACUGUGGAACCUUGGUUUACGAGCAUAAUCCGUUCCAGGAGAAUACUCGUAAU